AUGUCAGGCGAAAGAAAAGAUCAAGCUUCAACUUUUGCUCCUAUCCAUCCGUUCGAGAUGGAUCAACCUAAGACAUGGGGAGGUACCAUCGGAAUGAUGCAUUGGGAUAAUGACAAGAUCGUAUUCUCCAAGAGAUCACUGCUUGAAUUCCUCAAAUCAGCAGAUAUAACUGUUAAUCAGAAUUUUUCUGAAAUUCAGAAACUUCCCAAAUACGCUACUUUUGGUAGAUUUAGUCAAGCUGCCACGGAUGCUGCAGUAGCUGAUCUUGUUGAGGCUGAAAUUGGAGACCCAACUACAGAAGAUAGACUCCCUGCUAAUCAAACUACCGUUCCUCGACCCACUCGAAAAGUGGUUGAUCCUCCAGGAGGCAAACAAUCCAUCCGAUUGUUCGGUGAAGAAUACGAAGAAGAAGAUGCCCUCUCACUCGCUCCACCAAGAGAUGGAGGUGAUGGUGUAGAUGUCGAAAUUGAAAGAUUAGAAAGAUUGAAGGUUCACGCUGAACCAGUCAGAGAUGGUGGAGCACAUAUUGAAGAGGAUGUCAAUUCAUCUGGUGGGAGUGGAAGAAAAUCGAACCCUGCCCCUGGAUUUAGACCUACACGAAAAGUAAGAGAGGGCCCAGGCGGUACUUCUCAAAUGGGUGCAGCUCUAUUCGGUGGAUUCGAAGAUGAAACAGAAGAAGAUCGAGCUGCAUCUCGUGCACCUCAAGGGGGUAAAAAGCAAAAUCCCAAAGAUGACAACGGCAAGCUUUGGUAA